AUGGAUUAUCCCUCUUCACCUCCUGUAUAUCAAUCCCUCUUUCCUGAUAAAUCUGAAAACAAACUAAAUUCAAAUGAAGUAGCUGGAUCUGCGCGACUAGAUUCAGAAGAUCUAAAUAAAUCUGAUUCCAGUAAAAACGGAUUAGAUGCAGAAGAGAAGCCAAACCCUACAUAUACAGUUGAAGAUGCUGUAGAGGCAGCUGGUUUUGGAAGGUUUCAGUUGAAGCUUUUCAUUUUAUGUGGAGCCAUAUCGGCUGCAGAUGCGAUGGAAAUGCUACUGCUUUCAGUACUUGGUCCAGCAUUACGAUGUUAUUGGCUUCUGUCGUCAGGACAAGUUGCUGCCAUAACCACAGUUGUUUUUGCCGGGUUUUUAUUUGGAGCUCCUUUAUGGGGUUUUAUCGCAGAUCGAUUUGGUCGUUGGCCGACUUUAUUGAUUGUUUUAUCAAUGAUAACUUACUUCGGUAUCAUCACAAGUUGUGCCCCCACUUAUAUUUGGGUCAUAAUAUUACGACUCCUGGUCGGAUUCGCUAUUGGUGGUGGAAAUAGCAGCUUCACAUUAUUCUCCGAAUUUCUGACCGUUAAGCAUCGGGCCAAAGUUCUGUUAGCUUUCAAUAUAUUCUGGGCUUUUGGAAGCACAUUUGAAGUUGGUUUGGCAUACCUUAUUCUGCCAAGAUUUGGCUGGCGAUGGUUGGUGUUUGUUUCAGCCUUACCACUAUUGAUUUUCUUAUUUUUAUUGAGGUUUCUGCCUGAGUCUCCAAGAUAUCUUGUUGGUGCCGGCAAAACUGAAGAAGCUGAACAUAUUAUUGCAGAUUUGUUCCGUACGAAUCGGGUUGUUCCUCUUAGGGGUACUCUUGUAUCAUCCACUGUACCUGUAAGUCAAAAACCAAACACUUCUGUUGUAUUGUUUCGUAUAAUUGCGUGCGUAUAA